AUGACGAUAGACAAGGAGACGAAGGAGAAGGCUGUUGCCCUCAAGAACGAGGGCAACAAGGCCUUCAAAGCUCACGACUGGCCUACUGCCAUAGAUUUCUACUCACAGGCCAUUGCAUUGGACGAUACGGAACCAACGUACUAUGCGAACCGAGCUCAGGCCAACCUCAAAUCGGAAGCAUAUGGAUAUGCGAUAGCAGAUGCGACGAAAGCGAUCGAGCUUGAUCCGAGCUUUGUAAAGGCUUACUACCGGCGUGCUGUGGCAUAUGCAGCUAUCCUUCGACCGAAAGAUGCGAUGAUAGAUUUCAAGUCAUGUGUGAAGAUUGAGCCCGGAAACAAGGAUGCCAAACUCAAGCUUGUCGAGUGCCAAAAGAUUGUGCGCCAGCUCGAAUUCUUCGAUGCCAUCGAGGUUGGGGAUGAGCCCUCUGCUGCCGAGGGUCUCGAUGUUGCAUCGAUCGCUGUUGAGCCCGACUAUGAUGGUGUGAAGCUUGGUGAUGAGAUGACACAAGAGUUCAUUGAUGACAUGACGGAGCGGUUCAAGACCGGCAAGAAGAUUCACAAGAAAUACGUCUACCAAAUAAUCCUGGCAGUCAAGAAGCUUGUAUACGAUGAGCCUACAAUGGUCGAGGUCGACAUUCCGGAAGACAUCCAACUCACAGUAUGCGGAGAUACGCAUGGCCAGUACUUCGAUCUCAUGGAGCUGUUCAGAUUGAACGGAAGACCGGAUGACAAGCACUGGUAUCUUUUCAAUGGCGACUUCGUUGAUCGUGGAUCAUGGUCGACCGAGAUUGCCCUGCUUCUCUACGCCAACAAGUGGCUCAGGCCCAAGAACUUCUUCCUCAAUCGUGGCAACCACGAGACGGACGACAUGAAUAAGGUUUAUGGCUUCGAGGGAGAAUGCAAGGCCAAAUAUAAUGAACGCAUCUUCAAGCUCUUCUCAGAGAGUUUCUCGGCAUUGCCUCUGGCGACACUGAUUGGCAAGAAGUACUUCGUCCUUCACGGAGGUCUGUUCUCGGAUGAUAACGUCACACUCGACGACAUUCGAGCCUUGGACAGACAUAAGCAGCGACAGCCAGGCCAGGCUGGAUUGAUGAUGGAGAUGCUCUGGACAGAUCCACAGACAGAGCCCGGCCGCGGACCGAGCAAACGUGGUGUAGGUAUGCAAUUCGGCCCGGAUGUCACCAAGAGAUUCUGUGAGAAGAACGGCUUGGAGGCAAUCAUCCGCAGUCACGAGGUCCGCAUGCAGGGAUAUGAGGAGGAGCACGAUGGCAAGUGCAUAACUGUGUUCUCUGCUCCCAAAUACUGCGACAUGACAGAGAACAGGGGCGCGUACAUCAACAUCGGCCCCGACUACAAACUCAACUUCCAUCAGUUCGACGCCGUGCCUCAUCCGAACAUUCGGCCAAUGGCAUAUGCGAACAACUCGAUCAUGUCGUCCCUGAUGUAA